AGCAGCAGCUACACGGAGGAUGGUUUCUUCGUUUUCUUAAGGCUGUCAGUCUUAUAACCUGACAAAAUGAAGUUUUCCAAGUCAUAGCUCGGUGAGGAUAUGAGGAGAGGAGCCUGUCCAUGCAGCAGUAGUGGUAAAGUGACAUGCUGGCUUGUUUGCCAGCAUCAGGUGACCUUACCUUCCGAUUUCUUCCUCGCACGCAGAUGAACACUGGACUUCAAAAAUGGGAAACCACACAGAAGAUGAGAUCUGCAAUCUAUCCAACCCCAGCCGAGUUGGAUGCCUAUGCUAAGAAAGUUGCCAACAAACCUUUGAGCAUCCAGAUCUUCCCUAACAGUAUCAAAGUACCUCAGAGGAAGCACAUUCGUCGCACAGUCAACGGGCUUGACACGUCCCUGUCCAGCCAACGUCACAGUCCUUACGCUUCUCAGGUCACCACCAGAGGAGGCCUGCUGGCCGUCCUCCGUGCACCAAUCAAAGGCUUUGUCAAAGAAUCACACAACAGUCGCACUCGACAACAACAAAAGGCAGCCAUGAACCCUCAAACUGGGCCGUACGCUGCUCAAAGCACUUUAAAUCUUCCUCACCCUGCUCCUCAUUUACCUGGUCCCUCUCAGCCCGCUGCCCAGAAGCAGGGAAUGGUUCACACACGGGCAAUACCACAUCAAAGUAUGACUCAUCCGAUGGCUUUACAGCAGCACCACCCACAGGCUUUACAGCAGAGGAACAUGGCUCAUCCUGAAGCACUGCAGCGACAGCAGAGCAUGUCCCAGGUUCAGGCUGCACAGCAACAAAGACUGGCUCACCCCCAAGCUCUACCGAGGCAGCAGAGUGCGCCUCACAGCCAGGCUUUACAGCAGCAGCAGGGCCAGUCUUGUUCAUCAGUCAUGCCACAGCAGCAUCUUUCUCAUGUGCAGACACUGAAACAUCAGACAGCUCCUCCACAAGCUGCACACACUCAGCAGGGAGUGACUCAGGAUCUGCGCCACCUUUCUGAUGGAGCGCCGCACCAGAGCUUGCAACACACCCAGGGGCUAGUGGGCUCACAGGCUCUUCCCCAUGCAGUGCCUACAGGCCCUGCUGCCAUGUCCAACAGCCUCCAGCAACCCCCAGCAGGACAGUAUGGGUCACGGAAGCUGCCAGAUGUGGACGCCCCUCCAAAUGUAACCGUAUCUACCUCCACCAUACCGCUGUCCAUGGCGGCUAGUUUGCACCAGAACCGUCCUGGUGACCUGAGCAUCAUUGUGCACCAGAUCAACCAGUUGUGCCAGGCUCGGGCUGGCAUGGGCACCACAUCUGUCUGUGAGGGCCAGAUUGCAAACCCCAGCCCCAUUAGCCGCAACUUGUUGAUCAACGCCAGCUCAAGAGUGUCUUCUCAGCACUCUGCUUUGGGCAACGGCUCCAGCUGCCUCAUGGUGGGACAUCUGGAUAAGGCUGCUGCGCAGACGCCCUGUGGUACGCUCCAUUCGCAGACCAGUACAGCCACUCCUAACAAUACGGCUGCCCUUUACACAGACAGUGAGAAGAUACAACUGCAGCAGCAGCAGCUUCAGCACCAUUUACAGAAACAGCAGCAGCAGCAACAUUUACAGCAGCUGCAGCAGCUGCAGCAACAGCGCUCCUGGGCCCAGCAUCAACUAGCUCACAUGCAGCAGCCCCCCGAAGGAGUUCACCCCUGCAAAAACCCAAGAAUGGAGCCUCCAGCUGAAUGUGUUUUUCCAUCUCAAAACCUCAGCUACACCCACAAGCUGGCCAGCAGCGGACAUGGCUUCCCUCUUAAACAUCCCGCUGAGAAAACACAUUCUUCCUCCCCCGUGAACUGCCCGACAGGAUCGAUGCCUUUUGUUAACGGGCACUACAUGCAGCCACCAUGGAGUGGCAUCCCAACCACAGCUGGUAACAACGGAGCUGGUCCUCAGGACCUCCCAGUGGCCUAUCAGGGAGGACAGGCUGCGGCCUCCACAAACCGCACCCCAGGAGCAAAAUACAAGCCAGGGAAAGAAGGACCCACUGGCCAGUCGAAGCUGAUGCAGCGGGUGGAUUUCUUAAAUGAGGACUUCCACCUGCCCGGCUUACAGGAUCAGAACAUGGAUGUGAUCCAAAAGAUGCACAGGUCUGCUAUGGGCCAAGUUAAGGAGCCCGGCACCAGUGGAAGCGUCCACACCCAUCACCCAGGCUACCAUUAGUGUGCGUUUGUUCCUCGUCUUUAAUUAGCACUUUCAGUUUCUGUGUUUUUGUUCUUUACAGUUUUGAUCAGGUAGAUAGAUUUGAUUGCUUCAGAGCUUAAUUUGAUCCGGUGAGGGAUUGAUGGUCCACCUCUGGGCGGGUGACAGCCGGGAUGCGGUCUAGCUCCUCCUGCUGACCCUAAACGGGAUGAAGCUGAUUUGGGGGGAAAGAAACUGAUGAGCUUAAUUUGGAAACCCACAAGACUGUGAUGUUUUCUAGUAUUCCUCAGGUGUGAAGCGAUGCUGUACCUUUGUUUCAAAAUGAAGAGUUGAUUUCUUUUCAU